AACAUACCGGAUGCAGCCACCUCCUUGUAUCUGCCCUCCAUUAGAGCGCAAUAUGGGCACCAUGGCUUGAUCCAGAGCAACAAAAAAUUAUCUCACCAUGUCGUGGAAUUGCUUUAGGCUCUUAACUUCAAUAAUCGACAUGGCGGUUUAAUUCUUUCCGAUGACCAAGGGAGGAUCGAACACGGAUGCUAGCAGGAGAUACCCCUCUGGGCGCUAUGAGGAGUUCAGAUGAGUAUCUUAUGUAGAGCAGUAUCCUUCCGAAACCGAUGAGAUUCCCAGGCCUGUUGAUAUGAAAUCUGGGCGUCAUAGAUACAGCAGCAUGGAAGACUUCCGGACAUGCAGUUGCAAUGCUUCGAUUCCAUUUCCGAAGUUAAUGGCCGAUUCUUGUUCAACACAUCGAGGCACUGAAUGAGUAUCAAUUAAUAGGCCUCUGUCCCAGGUGGCUGGUGGCAUGACUAGCCUAAUCAUGUCACAAGGCAGUUAUUUUAUCUGGAAAGUUGGUAGGUAGAAUGCCUCCGAAGCAUUCAUACUAUGACAUGUUUCCCAUGGGCUGUCUGUCUUGUCAUGGAAGUAACUGCUUCCUCAGCGUCUCUGGCUCUACGGGUUUUUUCCUCAUGCGCCAUGCCCAAGGGCACUACGACCCGUAGUCACCCAAGAUAGGCUAUCUAUAAAGGUCUGCUUCGACGGGACCGCUUGUGGUCCAACAUAGUCCGAUGCACGAUGGAUACCUUUGUACCUUUGAUCACCAAACGGAAACAGUUUGAAGAACUUAUCGCAAGUCCUCACUACACCGUUGUCCAGUAUUUUGCGACUUGGUGUUGCUUCUGUGGCAAAUUCGAUCCGGUCUUCGAACGUGCGGCGGAGCAUGAAGGCUUCACUCAGGUCGCACAGUUCUACAGGAUUGACUGCUCGCGCAAUACGUCUGAAAACAAGAUAGCUCAGCGAAUUGCAAAAGUCAAAGGAUUCCCUCAUGUCGGUGUCUUCUGUGUGGGUAAACUGGUGGGGAGUGUCAGUGGCUACUGCGAAUGGGAUGAAUUUGAGCCUAUGGUCUCAGAGUUUAUAUUUUCAGCCAAAUCUCCACCACCCAAGCGCAUUCCGCGCUCCAGAUCAACCGAUAAUCUCGUUGUACCCGAUAGCCCCUCACCCCCACCUAUCCGACCGACGUUGUCUUUGUUUAGUGGCCACAAUAGGUCCAAUACAAGCUUGACCACGGUCUCCACAGGUAGCAUCCUCAGCUCAUGCACUGGUCUACACAAGGAUAGGAAUAAGGGGCGUUGGUAUGAACGCUUGCUUAGGAUGCACAAGCCUUUCCACGAUCCUGAACCUGGUUGUGUAUUCGUUCCAACGGAUGCCGGGGAAGGCCUGCAGAUCGGGAAGGAUAACGAGGGACAUUCCUUUUUCAACAUCACUUUGUCACGUCCUAACGACCGAACGAAACAAAACCAGGUCAUUUUCGGAAUGGGAUUUAUUCCUGAUACUACCGACAAUAUGCGUUUCACCUCCGCACUCUUCAGGGUGACAUUUGGGAUGGAUGACGAUGACGGCGUAUCAGAUUACCUGAAGGUUCAGGAUAUGUUACCGAGAGAUGAGCAUGGGGCUUUUACAGAGGUACAUUGGGGGAAGGGUAGAGAAGGGAAUGUCAACAUGUCCGUUGGGUAUUCUGCUGUUUCGCUGGGUGGUGAGAGCAAGUUCUCUAAAAAUGCAGAAUAUACUCGGAGGACCUUUUCGUGGGUGCGUGGAUGCGGUAUCCAUACCUCCACAGCAGAGUGGACAUUUCAGGAGGAUGACGGACAAGCAGGACGACAUGGACUCAAUCCACAAUAUCAGCUGUCCGUUACGCUUCCUCAAGCAGUCACCGGGCAGACUAUCUGGAUGGAGUUCUGGGCCAAGGCUGUUCUGGCUCGAAGAACUAACCACGCAGGAUUAGUUACGCUGAAGAUAGGAUCAGAGGAUAAACCCUACAAGCGCAAUCUGGUACUUUCUAGUGGCGUCAGCACAGUUCAUGAUGACGAGGUUGAUUCCGCACUAUGAGAUUUGGAUGCAUAAAACGUCAUAUGGUAAAGAAUGGUCAGACAUGAUAUCCACACCUCUCUUUGUGUCAAGUUGAAUUGAAUAUCAUCUGGUUUCUUACAAUACUACAUGGAGGUUCUUUC